CGACAACGUAAAUCUACUCAACAACAAAAAGGCAAAAAGCUGCCAGUGCCAAGUCAGUGCCAGCCUUGACUUGUGUCGUUGUGAGCUCAGCUCAGCACGAGAAAGCUAGAGGUAGAUAGAUCUACGCUUUGUUUGUAGUUUGACCAAAGGCAAAAAGCCUCUGUGAAGAUUGUCGUCAGUGAUCCUGCGUCGCCUCUGCUAUCUACUUGCAGCGCUUACUAGCCGACUACCGCCGUGGAUAGCCACGAGACCGUUCUCGUGUGAGGCUGGGGGAUGCUGGCUAUUUCAGUAUUUUGACAGAUUUGAGCUUCUAAUAGUACUAGCGUACGGUUCGUUCAAUGACACAUGCUCGCUCCUAGCUGAGUCCUAGCGGAGGUGGAUGUCCUAGCGGAGGUGGAUGAUUGUUGUUCGGAAGGAUGAUGGGCAGCAGCAAGGACUGGAACUUUCUUCUAAUCCUGUGCACUAUUUUGUACCAGUCGCUACAGGGAGCCUUAGGCGAGGAGUUCCUGUGUGCGUGUGCAGAAGUGCCUUCAUGCAAUGUAAAUCUGACUACUUGUAGCAGUGAAGUUGGCUGCUAUUCUAUCAGCAGAUAUGAUCAUGACAAAGUGGAGAAGGGUUGUUUGGGGUUCGGCUUGCCGGGUUGCUUGCCGAUUCCUGGUUACGUAUGCUGCUCGUCAGUGAACUUCUGCAAUGCUGCUUUGAAUCCCGCUGCACCAUCUGGUCCCACUCAAUCCACAACAGAAGGCAACGAGACGGUGACACCUGCUAGCCAUGGUGGUAUCCGCACAUUCCACAUUGCUAUUUACGCUGUCCUGGCUGUUGGUAUCGUUUUCAUGGCAAUUGUGUCCAUUUUAUUGGGAUACCGGCAUCACAAGAAUAAAACGCAACCUGCUACGUCGCAGCAGUCAUCCACGCAAGACCUACCCACGGUGUUGAAUGCGGACGCCGGAUCCAUGUCGACCGAUAUGCUUCCCUGCACUCCCGGAUCCACCAUGCUGACGGAUCCCGCCAGCACGCAGAGUUCCAGGUCCGUGGACUCCUUUUUGCAGGGCGAUAGCUUGUACGGGAGCAGCUCAGGGACCGGCUACCCAUACCUGAUUCAGCGCACUGUGGGUCGUGAACUCACCUGGAAGAAUAAGAUCGGCGCCGGGAAAUUCGGAGAGGUUUGGCGCUGCUACUGGCACAAGCAGAACAAGCACAUUGCCGUCAAGUGUUCUAAGAGCAGGUCUGAAGGCGAAUGGGGUCGAGAAGUACAGAUCUAUGAGUCGAGUAUGACACGGCACAGCAACAUCCUGGGCUUCAUUGCCGCUGACCUGUGCGACAGAGAUGGCGUCACCCAAAUGCUCAUCUUGACCGAGUACCACCGGAGAGGCUCGCUACACUCCUACCUGGAGAACGAAGAGCUCACGAUGGAUUCAUUUCUUCGCCUGGCGGGAUCCGUGGCCAAUGGCCUGCUUCAUUUGCACUCUAUAGUGCACGGCAGCACGGGCACCAAGCCAGGGAUGGCGCACCGAGACGUCAAGUCCAAGAACAUUCUCGUCAAGGACAAUGGCGAAGCUUGCAUCUGUGAUCUUGGUCUGGGCGUCAUCUAUGACCCGUCAAAAGUCAAGAAAAUCCCGUUUGAGGUGAAGCGAGUGAUGGUGGGUACGCGUCGCUACAUGCCACCUGAGGUCCUGCAGGGAACAAUCAACAAGUACAGCUUUGAGUCCUUCAAGCUGGCCGAUACGUACUCGUUCAGCUUGGUUCUGUGGGCCAUAGCACGCCGCUGUAACUAUCUGGGAGUAGAAGGCGGCGCUGAUACGUACUUGGAGCCGUUUGGUGAAAUGGUUGGCGAUAAUCCCACCUAUCCGGAAAUGAUCGAGGUUGCCAUUAACCAGAAACAGCGUCCGCAUAUUCCUAGUGGAUGGUAUGAUCAUCGUAUCAUGAAAGAGAUUGGGCGGAUAUGUCGAACUUGCUGGAAGGAGAAGCCAAGUUCUCGCUUGACCAUGUCUCGCGUCGCCAAGAACAUCACCAGGCUGAGUGUGGCGUUUGACAUGAAGGAGGGGGAUGAAGAGUCUGACAGUGGCUGUGGAGACGAUGCCGCAGCGUGGAACACACACCAGUUUCGCCACCAGCCGCAGAACGCGGAGGUGCUGACAGUCUCGACACGCAUCGAGAUGGACACGCCUGAGCAAUCGGGUCUGUCACGCCGCAUGCCCGCUCCGAGCUUAGCCGAGGGGAACUGCGCACCUGCCACAGGUGGUGAAGGAACACCACGGGCACCGCUGUUACUGUCCUCAUCAUCGCCACAACAACAUGAACCUGGAGAUCAGCAAACAUGGCAACAUGAGCAGCAGCAGCCGCAGCAGCAGCAGCCGCCGCAGCAGCCCUUGGAGCAGUUUCAAGGGCAGGAACAGCCAGUGACGGGGGAACAGCAGCAGGAGCGCAGUUCUGUGAGCCUGGGCAUGUCAGCGCGACACGCCAGAUUGCUCAGUGGUCGUGUCAGUGGACCCACAGACGUAUAGCAACGCGUACCAGUAUCGGGUGACACGCCAGGCUCCUGUUCCACCGUCACCUCUUCAUGCUUCUCCGCUAUGUCCAGAUGACACUUCACUUUUCAGGCCCAAUCUGGGGUUUUGCACGGCUCUCUCAAUGCCAAACACACAAUCGUGGGCUGGGUGCUUCUAAGUACACAUACAACAGUGCUGAGAGAGUGUGUGCACACGGGAUUGUCCGGUGAAGUCUAUGUAUCUGCUGCACCAGUCCAGGCACCGAGCAUAUCCAGCCGGCCACAUGUCAACUUUUGAAUCCAAUCGAUCGCGCACUGCAGCACCUCAUCAUGGGUAGUAUCCCUGCCGUUGCCGUUGCCAUUCAUCACAUUGAGAGUAUGACUGUAUUACUGUAUGAUGUGUGCCCUGUCUAGUGUCUAGUGUCUAGUGUACAGAGUAUGUUGAUCUUACUAUAUUUGUUCUGUGCUAUUCUAAGUGAGAACGCUUGCGUAUAUGUGCACACAUGCACACGCACGCACACACAUGCACGCACACGUGCGCGCGCACACACACACACACAGACACAAACACACGUGCACAUGCACAGAGAGAGAGAGAGAGAGAGAGAGAGAGAGAGAGAGAGAGAGAGAGAGAGAGAGAGAGAGAGAGAGAGAGAGAGAGAGAGAGAG